ACUUUCAAAAUGGAGAGGCUGACAAGCACGAGAGAGCGUAAAACACUGACGCAGUGAUGUGCAGUGAUAUUUAGCGUAUGAUAAAUGUUAAUUUGUUUUGAAAUAUCGCAAAAAGAAAAUAAAGAAAAGAUAUGAAGUCAGACGUGGAGGAGCUGAUGCCCAGACUUUUGCCAGUGGAAACAUGCGACACAAAGGAAUGUAAUCCAACCGAACCUCCGAGAAAUCCUCAAGAAUAUCUCAGACAGGUCCAGAGAGAGGCGUCUCUUUGCCCAGAUGUUGUUGUUGCACAAAUUGACCCUAAGAAACUGAAGAAAAAACAAUCUGUGAAUGUUUCUCUCACAGGUUGUUUGGCUGCACCUCAGGGUUUCUCACCCAGUUUGAAAUGGCAGCAGCAGCAAGUCAGCAAAUUUUCAGAAGUCAGACAGAGUGUUAACAAACAUCGUCAACAUUGGAAAUCUACAUUUUUGGAUGAUAACGUUGUCAUGCCACAGCCUGAGGAUGACGAUGGUUGGAAGAGGUUCUGCCUGGGUGAAAAUAUUUGUCUUGAUGUCCAGCUGAAAGAAGAAGACACAGUUAACCCAGGUCUUGAUUAUGUCAAGACUGGAUUCCCACCAUUUCUGAGCAUUGUCAGCAAAUUAAACCAGUCAACAAUCUCAGCUGUGCUUGAGUAUUUAAUCAGUUGGUUUGAGGAGAGUGACUUUGUACCACAGUUGGGCAGAUGGCUGUAUGCAUUACUAGCAUGCCUUGAGAAACCGCUGCUUCCUGAAGCACAUUCACUAAUUAGACAGCUGGCUAGACGAUGCUCUGCAGUGCGUGCAAACCUGGAAAGCAAAGAUGAUGAUCGGUUGUCGGCUCUUAACUUGAUGAUUUGUAUUGUUGCCAGGUAUUUUGAGCAGAAUGAUUUGGCUGACAAAGAUUGAACGGGCCAUGAAACCAAUGGAGGGACGUUUGCGAGGAAAAUUCCUGUGAAUGCGAGGAACCUUGAAGAAUUAUUAUUUGGAAAGAUUUAUACAGUGCCUUCUGCAGUUUUCUGAGUGUCAUGUACAGUACACCUAUUGCAACUGCAAUUAGUGUCAUUUGAAGCACUGUUAUUGUCAAAUAAAUAACAGUUGCAUUUUUUGCUUUGGUAUUUCAUAGUCAUUAAUGAUAUGUUGUUGCACCUGUCAUAGAAGUAAAAAUAUGUUAGAGUUAUUAAAACCUCACUAAAAAGUCUUUAUUUUUUUAGUAUUAAAAGUAUCUCUCUUGCAAAAAAAUUACCAUGAUAAUAGUUUCUGCCAAAAUUGCUACUAAAGGUAUAGAGCGCAACUGUCAUGUUCCUUAAGUAAAAAUCCAAGUAAAAACAAAUGGAUUUUUAACAAUAACCUUUAAAGACACACCUACCUUUAGCUCCAAGUAUGUUAAUCCAUGGUAUAUGCUUCUGUUGAAGCCAUCAUUUGCAUUAUUUCAACUUCAUUGUUAAAAAAAUUUCCGCAUUUAAUAGCGUAAUUCCUGGUGAACAACUACACUACCCAUGGUCCAACAGUGAAAGAUCCACCAAUCAAGAGAACUGUGGCAUUCAAGCUCGAAAAAAGCCCUGAAGAGACCGCCCACUUUCAUGACGCACUAUGAGUGAGGCAUAUUAGUAUGUCUUCUUUCACCCUCAAACUACUUAUUUAAUUGUAUCGGAAUAUUUAUCAAUAAACAAAAUAUAUUGUUUCUAUACUUAUAAUCAACAACUUAAAAUCAAUAGUUUCAUAUAUUUCCGUAGGUUUUUUAUCCGAUUUUGUUAUUCGCAAUACAUCAUGGGAUUGUAGUUCGUGCCCUCUUGAAAGAUGGUAAGAAUAAAGUGUACCUUUGUCUUUUUGGUUUAUCCGAUUUUCAAAUACUUUUUCUUUUCAAAUAAAAGUUUUAAUGUAAUGCACCUCA